AUGGAAAACCAAUCCAGCAUCUCUGAGUUUUUCCUCCAAGGAAUAUCCAAGUUACCAGAGCAAAAGCAGUUCCUCUUUGGAAUUUUCCUGUGUAUGUAUCUUGUCACUUUAACUGGGAACAUGCUCAUCUUCCUGGCCAUCAGAUCAGACCGACACCCCCACACUUCCACGUACUUCUUUCUGACCAACCUGUCUUUUGUUGACAUAGGUUUAACAUCUUCCACAGUUACCAAGAUGCUGGUAAAUGUGCAGACUCAACAUCACACCAUUUCCUAUGCUGGUUGCCUCACACAAAUGUAUUUGAUGUUUGGCGAUCUGGAGAGCUUCUUCCUGGCUGUAAUGGUGUAUGACCAUUAUGUGGCCAUUUGCCGCCCUCUCCACUACUCCACAGUCAUGAGCCCCCAAGUCUGUGCCCUGCUGCUUGCAUUGUGCUGGGUCCUCACCCACAUUGUUGCCCUGACUCACUGUGCCCUCCUCAUAGCUUGGCUGUCCUUCUCUGUUGCUGGGGAAAUAGCUCACUUUUUCUGUGACAUAACUCCUAUCCUGAAGCUGUCAUGUUCCGACACUCACAUCAGCAUGUUGAUGGUUUUUGCCAUAGGAGGCACAGUACUCAUUGUCCCCUUUAUCUGCAUUGUCAUCUCCUACAUCCACAUUAUAUUGGCCUUCCUGAGGGUCCAAACUCCUGGUGCAGAAGGCAAGGCCUUUUCCACCUGUAGUUCCCAUCUCUGUGUUGUCUGUGUGUUCUAUGGGACGCUCUUCAGUGCCUACUUGUGCCCUGCCUCUGUUGCCUCUGAAGAGAAGGACAUGGCAGCAGCUGCAGUGUACACUGUGGUGACCCCCAUGUUGAACCCCUUUAUCUAUAGACUGAGGAACAAGGACAUGAAGGGUGCCCUUAAGAGGCUCCUCAGUCACAGGAGAAUUUUAUCCUCUUAG